AUGGUAGUAGCAAAAAUCAUGUGUGCGGGUUAUUACUGGCCGGGUAUGCAUUUAGACGCUGUAGAGAUCUUGCGCAAGUGUACGUCAUGCCAAUGUCAUGCUCCAAAGAUACUUCGACCAAAGAACCCUUUGGUUCUAGUAACCGCAUCAUGGCCCUUCAAACAAUGGGGCAUCGACUUAGUAGGUCCCUUUCCCGACGCACCAGGCGCAGUGAAAUUUAUAAUAGUUUUCGUGGAUUACUUCACCAAAUGGGUGGAAGCCAAGGCCCUAGCGUCAACCACCGCAAUGGUCAUCAGAAAAUUCAUCUGGGAACACAUCGUAUGUUGGUUCAGAUUGCCACUGCGCAUCAUCACAGACAAUGGUACAAAUUUUGUGUUAGAAGAUCUACAAAAGUGGAUGAAGGAAAUGCGCAUCGAACAUAGCUUUGCCUCCGUGGCGCACCCACAGGCAAACGGUCAAGUCGGAAACGUCAACAAACAGAUCGUAGAUGGCAUUAAAGUAAGGAAUGCAACUAUACCAAAGUAUUCUAACAAAGAACCCAAACCAAGUAUCCAGACUUCAUCAAAUCCAUUAAACUCUAAUGAGCAUAACAACAAAAGAAGUCGAGAGGAAUUUGAAUUAUCUGAAGAUGAAAUUGUUGGUGACCCGACAUUACGUAAGCCAAUUAAUGAUUAUCCAGCCAAUAUACGAGAAGAAGUAAGAAGAUGGUACAUAGCGAAAGGUGCUUGUCAACCAAAAGGUCAUGUUUUCGCUAAAACGAAAGUUUGUGGAUUUAUGAGAAAAUUUCAAGAAACAUGGUUUGACAAAUUUUGUUGGUUAGAAUACAGUGUGUCUAAAGAUGCCGCAUUUUGUUUAUGGUGCUAUCUUUUCCCUGCCGGUAAUAAAUUUGGGGAUGAUGUUUACAUUAAUCAUGGUUUUAAUAAUUGGAAAAAGGCAUGUGAAAUUUUUUCGUGA